AUGGACGAAAAGAUAGAACAAUCUUGGGGUGAUGACCUGGAGUCUCUGGGAUAUGUCCUUCUGUACUUUGCUUGUGGCUCCUUACCCUGGCAAGGCUUAAAGGCAUCGACUGACAAGGAGCGGUCCGAACUGAUCAAGCAGAAGAAAAAGAGUACAAGCGUAGAAAGUCUUUGCGAUGGACUUCCAGAAGAAUUUACCACUUACAUAAAGUACACUCGAUCACUUCAGCCUACAGACAAGCCUAAUUACGCAUCCCUUCUGAAACUCUUCAGUGGACUAUUCGCGACAAGGGGCUUCAAAUACGACAACCCCGAAAGGUCGUCAACGACCAAAUCAAUGUCGAUGAUCGGUGGCUUAGAGCCAGAACGGAGAGACCGUCAAAAAUAUGGUGCAGCGGUCCACCUCGGCCGCCUCAAAGGCUGGUCACAAGAAGCGAAACAAGGACGUGCUUCGCAUUUUGUGCAGUGGGUAGUGUGGCAGUUCGGAAGAGACUUGGCGUCCGGAAAACAUCGCCAAGUGUCUUCCCUUGGACGUGAUUAUCCCGUUUACUUAGUGCGGCCGGUGCUUGGUUGCCUCAGCCGUCCCACUCUUGAAUCUCAGCAGGGCGAAGGGAUGGAUCUUGGACUCUGGGGCGAAACUAGGCAUUUGGACUUUGGCUACUAG